GGGUGAGUGACCAACUUGACACGCUUUUUGUCUUUGCUUACUAGGGUAGGGUAAGAAAAUGGAAGGGCAAAAUACACAACAACAAAACGUUUGUACAUUGUAUUCGUUGUUGGAGAGUGCAAAAUUGUCGGAUUACUAUGACAGAUUUCUGUCACAAGGUGGAGACGACAUCGACCAACUUUGCGAAGCAACAGAAUAUGAAUUUAAGGAAAUUACAAAAUUGGUUGGCAUGCAUACAAAGCCAUUGCAUAUUCGAAGACUACAGAAAGCUUUGCUUGAAUUUUGGAGUGAGAAACAGAAAUCUGGAAAGAAUAAGCCCAGUUCUAGUACCCUUGGUCCCUCAUGGAUAGAAACAUGGAAUAGUGAACAAAGUACAACUACAAAAAGCAUAAAUAUAAGUCUUUCUAAACCCACAACAACGACAGUGACAAUAAUUACAGGCAACUCUGUUGAAAGCGAGGUUCAAUCUUCACCAACAGCAGCCAAAAGAGGAAGGCCUGCAUCCAAAGGCCAAAACAGAAAUGCGAAAUCUGGUGUGUUUGAAUUGAAACUACCUGCAAUGGAAGCUAUAAUUGACUGGGAAAAUUUAGACGAGGAACGCAAACAACUAAUUCGCGAGCAUUCACGAAUUUACGGCCGAGAUACAAAGAAGAGAAAGUGCAUAGAUUUAAACAGUCAUGAACAAAUCAUCAAUGAAGCCGCAGCUCAGUUGUGCUUAAGAGAUCCAACACUCUUAGUUCGAAGAGAUGAACUUUUUACCCAAGCAAGACGUAUUGUUCGUGACAGUGGGUUUUCUUUUGUCCAUGGUCAUUCUCGGUCAAAAUUUGUUGACGAGUCAGGUGGUGAAGCAAUGGAGGAUAAAGGUACAAUAUGAUGAAUACUAUGGUGCAUAUAGUAUACCCCAGUGUGGAAAGUUUGUAUUGUGCAGCGGAUAUCUCUGACGCGCAAUUUUGAUCUUUUAUAUAUUUACUAUUAAAUUUUCGAAAUCUCCGGCACACAAUUUCCAAACUUUCCAGUCAGGAGUAUACCAUGACAUCACAGAAUAAGGCACAAAGAAGGUCGACUCGAGUAACCGCUGCCACGCCAUGAUUCAUCAUCAAAAUGCUGACGCCAUGGUCCUAGCCAGUGUGCGUUUGAGAGGCAUUCCCCCCUGGAUGUCCCCCAUUUUGAAUAAUAUCAGGGGGGUGAAUGCCUCUUAAACGUGCACUGGCUAGGACCAUGAUGCCAAAAUCAUAGGAAAAUCAUAGGAAAAACCAAGAAGUCAGCCUUCUGUGUACCUUAUUCUGUGAUGAUAUUGUAAACCUCCAAAUAUAAGCCCUCCCAAAUAUAAGCCCUCCCAGCAAAAUUGUCAACAAAUAAGCUGAUUGGUCGAGAACGAAAUUCUUCCUUGACCUUGUUGCUCCAGCCUACAUUGAUGAAAUAUAUACAUGCUUGUCAAGCUAGUGAUUGCAAUGGUGUAACUCCAUUGGGCUCUGCAACAUAAAAUUUAGUAUCCACAUAAAACUAUAUAAUUGACCUUUUUAAAAAGUCUCCUUUGUGAUGUAGUUUGCGGAUAAAAAUGAUCAUUUGGCCAAUCACAUAGCUGUUUAUAAUUCAAAACUUUCUUUUAAAUUUAGCUGUUUGCAAAGAAUCCAUUUUGAAAAAGUAAUAGCACUACAGUAUAAUUUUUUCUAAUGGUUAACUAAAAAGUACUGCUGGAGUGAUGAAGAAUUACGUUUACAGUUUCGUCAUAUCUCAUCUCAUUCCCAAGUUAUCUCACUUUCUAUAUUUUGAGAUGUGACGUCACAAGUAUGACUUGAGAUAAUGGCAAUAACAAGAAAGUAUGAUAUCUUGGUGAGUAUUUAAUAAAAUUGAAUGAAACUCGGUACACUUAGUGGGUGCACCCAUAUGAAUAUUUUUGGCAGGUCAUGUGGUUAUCAUGGCAACACACUAGUCCCCAGUCUCUUCUCUUCCUUUUCACAACUUUCCUCCUGUAGACCUCUUGUACAGAAUGUUUACAUAUUAUAACUGUUUAAACUGAUCACAAUACCUACACUUAUUAUAGUAAUAAGCGAAAAUUGCAGAAAUUCCUAUUUAUUUCAUUGGAAAUGGAUCAUAUAGAAAUUGUAAGAGAAGGGACUGGGGAUGAAUGUGUUGCCAGAACAACCAUAUAAACAAGCGAAAUUGUUGACCUUGUUGCACCCACUAAGUGUACCAAGUUUCACUGAAUUUUAUUAAAUACUCACCAAGAUAUCAUACUUUCUUGUUAUUGCCAUUAUCUCAACUUGUGAUGUCACAACUCAAAAUAUAGAAAGUGCGAUAACUUGAGAAUGAGAUGAGAUAUGACGAUACUGUAAACGUCAUUCUUCAUCAAUCCAGCAGUACUUUUUAGAAAAACAAUAAAAAAUGAGGUAAACAUUUUGUUGCAUAGGCACUUUAAUUAAAUGCAUUUCUACUAUAGAUAUAUUUAGAUCAGCUAAUAGGAUAAGUCGUCAAGAAAGGCUUCAAGAAGUCAGCACACUGAUAGAGAAGCUCACAGAGAGACAAGUCAUGUUGAUUAAGAAAAGGCGGGAGUUGGAGAGCAAUAAACAACCGGUAUUGGAGAAAUAAUUAUUUGUGGUAAUCUUAGGUUGAAUAGGCACAAAUACAAAACAUUGCCUCUCUCCUCUGCAGAGCCUCCUUAAGUAUUUACAAAUAACUUACAUGAAGUUUCCUGAAUAAAAGUGAGCACGUGCAGACCAUCACUCCUUGCAGGCUCACUUUUCCCUCACUAGGAACUUCAUGUAAGCCUCUGUCACAGAGUAGAGACAUUCAGAGACGUAACUAGUGUACCCACUUUUUUUGUGUGCAUGCUCAGCAAGUUACUAGAUGCAUGCAUCUGAUUGGAUGACGACCUGAUGAUGACUCACUUUAAUAAACUUGCUGAGCACGUGCAGCUGAUCAUUUUUCGCCCGGUCGCCUGAAAAAAAGUGGGUACAUGAUUACGUAAUCUUCCGCAGUGUUUAUGACAGUCAGUUAUGUCUCUGUAUGUCUCUACUCUGUGCCUCUGUGGAGGAGAGAAACAUUGCCAUAUUUUGAGUAGGUAAUAGGCCCUUAGAAACUAGUUUCAUAUUAUUCUGACAUUGUAGACACGGACGUAACUCCUGGGGUGUGUGUGGGGGGAGGCACCCCCCAAUGUUGUAAUAUUGCAGUUUUGUCGGGCAAUUUUAGCAAUUUUAACAACACAAAAACAUAUGUAAUUCUUAUUCAGCCAAAAAUUUUACAUAAUUUUUUGAAAAGUAAUUUAUUGUAGGGAAAAUUUUUAUAAAUUAACGAAAAUAUUACUGAAAAAUUGUACAAAUUUUGGUCCGACAAUUUUGAGAAAAGAAAUCUUAAUUAGCGCCUGAAAUGUCCGUCAGGCACGCCCUUUUGGUCGGGCAAAACAAGCUCACACCUCCAGCCGUAAUACCCAAGUUACUGUCCUGACUCUACAGUACUGUACAAUGACGUGGGAAUAAUAUGGAUCCGAACUAGUUUUUCAUAUCUUGAUCUGAUGAUGGUUCUGAAAUAGAAAUGUAAUAGACCCUUCCUCAGGAAGUUAGAUCGGUUCGAAUCAUGAAGUUCUGCUUAUAUUUUUCAAGUAGUUGUACAUACUUGUUUAAGCGGCAUGGCACUAGUAAUUCAUCCCACACAAUGCACGUUGCAGUUCAUGUGGAAAUGUCAAUACCUCACAAAAAAGCUUUGAUUAUAUGAUUCAACUUCUACCUAUGAUUCUGGCAGUGUCUCUUUUUAAGCCCCAGAUGAUUUUACUGUUAAACGGAGCACAUCAAUGUGUAAAACAGUUCUAUGUGAGGCCAAGUAAAAAAAAUUCCCGGUUUCUCAUCAGACGUUUUUUGAAAUGCAAAUGCGGCGGGCGGUUUUUAUUUUUAUUUUUUAUAUUAAACAACCAGUUAUUUUUUAACAACUGAACUUAAAUUGUUUAAUAAAAACCACUAUUCUACCAUGUAUAUUUAUUUAAAAUAUAGUAUUUAUAAAAAAACAUGAGGUUGGCGGCCAUUUGCAUAAAAUGUUACACUGCUGACCACCCACCGCUAAAUAUUUCAUGUAAUUGUUAUUUAUAAAAAAAAAUACAAAUGCGGCGGCUAUUUCCUAAUGCGGGCGCUGUUGAGAAACCGGGAAUUUUUUUUUACUUGGCCUGAACUAUUAGUUUACAUUUUAAAAACAUUAUUUUAGACCAGUGAUUUGCAACAAGAACUGAACAAUCUUACAGGACAACUGACCCCGUUACAAUGUGAGCAAAAACAUUUGCAGAAAAAGGUGCGUCGAUCUCAGAGAUACUACCUGUCCAAGGAAGCUCAAAGAAGAUCAACAUCAUCAGGUACCACACACUGUAAAUCUAAGGUUCUGAUGUACUUCGUUCAACCACAUUCACUAUUAUCUGACGCAGUACACUAUCAUCAAUCUGAAUCCCAUAUCCCUUAGGGCCUGUUCAUAUGAGCCUGCUUACAGAGACAUCCAUCCUACCUAUGAUCUCACCUAUUAAUUUUACUAUAAAAAUCUACAUCACGUUUAUCAGAAGUGGGCCACUUGGUGAGAUCUCGGCUGUGGAAGCCUAGCCUGUGUGCAUUUAUUCAAUUCGGGUUGAGGCUGCACACAGGCUAGAUAAGGAAGCCACGCCAGCUUACUGGGAUUGUAGCCAAGAAACCGAAUUUCGGAUUUUGCUGUUUAGUUUAACAAUUUUAACCCAGUUUAAUAUUUGUUUUGUAAACAAGUAUUCAAUAUGUUGCUAUAAAGCAAUUGUUGCAAGUAAAUGAAGAAAAACACCAAUAUCGUUAAACAUUUGUGUUACAUGACUGAAAUAUACAAGUUUUGCAACUACAUUGUAAAUUCAUCUCCGUCCGACACUGAAAUAUUCGCCCCGCUAGGCAUGUAAGGCCUACAUGGGCUCUUAAACACAGAAAAAUACUUUUCCUUUCCUUUUCUCUUUAUAAGUUGAUCAUUAUUAGUAAUAGGUGAUAUGUUUUUAAUUGGAAAAUCAUUAAGCCACAUCAAAUGUUUAUUAUUAGCAAUUGUAGUUCAUUGAUGAUUGUCAAAUAAAUUGACCAUGUCUUUGAGAUUUUGGGCGCAAAACAUAAUUUGGGUGUAAUAAUUUAAAUACCCUCUGAUCACUGUGAAAUUUUUAAAAUUUACAGGCAAAUGCUCACUCAAAUUCUAGUUAGGAGAUCGGACAUAGGAAAGAAUUUAAUUUGGCACAUGAAAUAAUUUGACACAGGAAAUGAUGGACACAGACCCGCACAGUGUACUUGCUUCUAUAAUAGAGCAUCGUUUCACAGUUUUAUGAUACUUUAUGGUUAUUUUUUGUUUGUUUAGUAAAUGAUACCAGUCAAACUACAGAAACAGAAGUUCCGAUGCAAGAAGAAAUGCCGUCAGAAGAUGGUCCUGCAGAAGAGCAACAUUCAGUUGUUGUCACGGAAAUUUUGCAUUCUACAGGUGAGAUUUUUGUAUUUCUUAUUUUUGAUUACCUCAGUAAAUUAAGCCUCUUUUCCAUUCAUCGCAAGAGUCCAGAUGGAAGCUCGGUACAAGUUCGCUGCAAGUGC